AUGGUCAACAACAAAGGAAAUCUGUUGAGGUUUGAGAGAAAGAUUCUGAGAAGAAUGCAUGGUCCUAUACGAAACCCAGAUAAUGGGGAAUAUGAGUGCAGGAAAAAAACAGACAUAGAAAGGCUGUUCAACAAACCAAACAUUCAAAGUUUUCUAAUAUCCAAAAGAUUAGAAUGGGCUGGGAGAGCGAAGCAAGAUCUGAUCAAUAAAGUUUUAACCAAUAAUCCAUCUGGGAGAAGAGACCGUGUGGACGACCGCGUCAGCGGUGGAUGGACCGUAUAA